AGCUAUUUUCUUUGUAGAUAUAUUUCAACUCUGUAAUAAAAUACUCCUUACUCAAAGAAAAUACGAAGUGUUGUUGAUCACUGAGGCAACAGAAGUUUUCACUGUUCACAAAUAAUCUCCGAUCAUGGAAUUACGUGGUGAUGCAAGUUCCGGACGCGGCCAGUAUCAGGCAAUGCAUUGGCGUCGGCCAGCAGGCGGAAAUGAAAAUAGAGGAAAUUCGUCUGCAAUUGUAGCGUCCAUCUCAUCUCCUCCCACACGGAGCAGGGUUUAUAGUAAAAACGUCCCAGGAAGGAAAACACCCUCAUUGGACUGGAGAAGAAAGGCUGAGCCGUCCAGAGGAGCAACGAGAGGGAGCCCGUGCGCGAGCGUUGCGUCCGUUUCAUCGCAGCCGAUGACGAAGACCAACGUUUCUAAUCCUAGAGCUCCGUUCGACUCGGGACGAGAGCAACAUCGAUCCAGUACAAUGAUGAAUCAAGGUGAUAGAUCUAAUGCGAACAACGUUUCGUCGGAAGUACGAUCCCUGAUGACCGAAACUCCUGCCUGUCCUUGGAUACCACCGAUGAAGCAACCGGAGAUCGAGUACGAUCGCUCUAAGCUCCGCUAUGUUGCGAGUCAAUCUGCUGGCGAAAAACUUGUCGGGAGAAAGGAAAAAUCUGUCUCUCAUGGCCAUUCUGACGACCCACUUCUUGUCAUGUUGUGGGCGCUUAUGACCAACACACGCGGGGCGAAACCGGUUGAUCAUUUGUUACGCGGGGAUGUUUGGCAUCGCAAGUUAUCUGUUGCGGAAAUCGAAGAAAUUCUUGAAGAUUAUCCUGGUCUGUUUGCGAAAGAAGUUGGAGAAUUUACCUCGUGCGAGAAAGAUGCCUAUUCUGCUGAGCUCCCAGAUACCAACACCUCCUGUGGAGAGGAUAAGGAGAAGUUUCCGAUUGUCAAGCUGUUACCGGAUUUCCAAUUAUGCAAAGAUUACUUUUCGGAAUCAGGAAGGCGUGCUGGUGUCAUUUUAACUUCCGGUCUUCGAGAGACGAGCUGCUGAGUCAGGAUUGAUGCUUGAAGAACGUUUCAUUUGAGUGGCACGCGUCUGUAUACUGAUGGAUGCAAAUCGGAAGUGAAUGAGGCAUUUCGUGGCCGAGAAGAUUAGGCUUGAAAUUAUCUACACGAAAGUUUCGGAAAUUGAGGAAUUUUGAAACUUCUCCCAUCUGUGACGGAUUUCUCUAUACGUCUUCGACUCUACUGUGAAUUCAUGAUCUCUUAGGGGUGUUCCAAAAUUUCGAAUUGAAGUUCCUCCAAGUGGGACGAGGUGUUCCUUACCUACGGUGCUGAGAAAUUUCUAGGAGAGGAAAGGUUGUGGGUGAAAAUGACGUGGGAUUGGUAAAGAGCGCAGAACUAAAAUGGCUUCAUAUCUUUUAGCUCCAACUAGCAUUUCAAUCUCUUCCUGAAUGAUGUGUUGUCUCCUCUUCUCAUCUGCCUCAGAACACUAAUAUAGAUAACCACACUUAGCUCAGUUCCACCGAAUAUACUGUGAAUUCAGAACACAGAUUUUGCAUUUUGAUGCAUUCAUCUGGAAGUUUUACUUCAUCAAAUUCGAGAAAUUUUCCUUGCUGUGCUCUUUUCACUGCGUCAUAUUGUCCUGAUCAUUUUUCCCGGCGAAAUGUUCCCGCGAUAACCGUCUGCAGCAGAUGGUGAAGGAGAGAGAAAAUUUUAUGUAAUACAGUACACCGCCCACUGACAGAAUUAUACAGUACAGUACUUCAGACGAAAAUGUAUGAAGAAUCUGGGCCUA